AUGCAAGCAUCAGAUUGUUCUGUAAUUGAAGGCAUGAUUAGUGAUAUAGAUGAACAAAUGAAUCAACUAAUUUCUAUUCGUGGGCCUGAUGCAUAUCAAGCUAUUGAUGAAUUUGUGGAAUUAAUAGAGAAAUUUAUUGAAAAUAAUACUGGUGUUGAUAUUAAUAAGCAAAUGACGAUUGAUGUUACUAGGAUUGAAAAUCUAAAAAAAUUGAAGCACAAAGGACGUCCAAAGAUUCCAAAACCUACACCAAGUGUUCAAGACCUAAAUGCAGGACAAUUAAAUGAAAAACAGAAUAUUGAAGAAAGUUCAAAAAAACAUAAUGAAGCGGGUGGAGAAAAUUCUACACAAAGAACAGAGACUCAUCACUGUGGCAAUUGUUAUA